UUUGCAUCUGUAGUCACUGGUGCUCUAAAAAUUUGACAUUUAUUAUAGACAGUGACUAAUGGAUAGCGUAUAUUGCCGUAAUUGAAGUUAUUUAUUCCCGUUUAUUUUCAUACAAAUGAUUAUUUAUAUCGACAAUGACAUCAAUUAAAGAUCCAUUAAAAGAAAACGUACAAACAGAAUCUUCUCUUUUUACGGAAGAUCACAGUUCACGAUGCGAAUCACCAAAACGAGGAACUACGCUCUCGACAAGUACAAGCAGCUUCGAGGCAUUAGAUCCUCAUGAUCCAAAUCUUAGUCGCCUAGCCAAUACCAUGUUUCAAAAAACUGGUGAAUAUUUACAAGAAGAACUUACAGCUACUCAUGCUGAUUAUCGUUUAUUGGAGCGAUUAAACAAAGAAACCAUUGCAAAGUAUACUGAAUUAAAAACCAUAUCAUCAGGUGUCUCUCAAUCUUUAGAUUCUUUAAACGAAAAAUACAAAAAGUUACAACCCAUUUUGGACAACAUUAAUGAAAUUGAUGAUAGUGUGACUAAGUUAGAACAGGCUGCAUAUAAAUUAGCAGCAUAUUCUAAACGAUUGGAAGCAAAGUUUAAAGAUAUUGAAAGAGAUGCAAAAAACAAGUGAAACUGUGAUAUGGAACAUAAGUUAGAUAAAAAUGUAAAAGGAAUUAAAUAUAGCAAAAGUG